CCUCUACUUCCCUACUCUCUCCCUCUCUCUUUCUUUCUACAAUAAAUGCCUUAAAACCAUGGACUGUCUCUUCUCAUCAGGACCUGCUGUGCUGGAGCAAUGAAGCAGAAUCUUCCUCUCAAGAGCCAUGUCGUAUCUCCUGCCAGGAGGUGCACUCUCCAGCGGUGGCCGCCAGCCAAGCAGCAGGCCCAAGCAACCAGUUAAGAAACUUUGGAGUUUUAAAGAGAUCUUGGACUUAUGUUCCCGGUGCAGUUCUGAAUUGGGAGAGAACCCGUGGAGUAUCCAGGAACCUCUGUUGAAGCAUACUGGACUGUUACAUAAAGAAGAUCCCUAGGAGCCAUUUCUCAGCAGUUAUAUAGUCAACUGAUGUAACAAUGGUACUAAUAUUGGGACGCAGAUUAAACAGAGAGGAUCUUGGGGUGCGUGAUUCCCCAGCAACUAAGCGUAAAGUUUUUGAAAUGGACCCCAAAUCUCUGACAGGUCAUGAGUAUUUUGACUUCUCUUCAGGAUCAUCCCAUGCUGAAAACAUCCUCCAGAUAUUUAAUGAGUUCCGAGACAGCCGCUUAUUCACAGAUGUUAUUAUCUGUGUGGAAGGAAAAGAGUUCCCAUGCCAUCGAGCUGUCCUCUCAGCCUGUAGCAGCUACUUCAGAGCCAUGUUCUGUAAUGACCACAGGGAGAGCCGAGAAAUGCUGGUUGAGAUCAACGGCAUUUUAGCUGAGGCUAUGGAAUGUUUUUUGCAGUAUGUGUAUACUGGGAAGGUGAAGAUCACCACAGAGAAUGUCCAGUAUCUCUUCGAAACCUCCAGCCUCUUUCAGAUCAGUGUCCUCCGUGAUGCUUGUGCCAAGUUCUUAGAGGAACAGCUUGAUCCCUGCAAUUGCCUAGGAAUCCAGCGCUUUGCGGAUACCCACUCACUCAAGACACUCUUCACAAAAUGCAAGACAUUUGCAUUGCAGACUUUUGAGGAUGUAUCCCAGCAUGAAGAAUUUCUCGAGCUUGACAAAGAUGAACUUAUUGAUUAUAUCUGCAGUGAUGAACUUGUUAUUGGUAAAGAAGAGAUGGUUUUUGAGGCCGUCAUGCGCUGGGUCUACCGAGCGGUUGAUCUGCGACGACCACUGUUACAUGAGCUCCUGACACACGUCAGGCUUCCUCUCUUGCAUCCCAACUACUUCGUUCAGACAGUUGAGGUGGACCAGUUGAUCCAGAAUUCCCCUGAGUGUUACCAGUUGCUGCACGAAGCAAGACGGUACCACAUACUUGGCAAUGAAAUGAUGUCCCCAAGGACUAGGCCACGCAGGUCUACUGGCUACUCCGAGGUAAUAGUUGUGGUUGGCGGCUGUGAGCGAGUUGGAGGAUUUAACCUUCCAUACACUGAGUGCUAUGAUCCAGUAACAGGAGAAUGGAAGUCCUUGGCCAAGCUUCCAGAAUUUACCAAAUCCGAGUAUGCAGUCUGUGCACUGAGGAAUGAUAUUCUUGUUUCAGGUGGAAGAAUCAACAGCCGUGAUGUCUGGAUUUAUAACUCACAGUUAAAUAUCUGGAUCAGAGUUGCUUCUCUAAAUAAAGGCAGAUGGCGUCACAAAAUGGCUGUCCUUCUUGGUAAAGUGUAUGUUGUUGGUGGCUAUGAUGGGCAAAACAGACUUAGCAGUGUAGAGUGUUACGAUUCCUUUUCAAAUCGUUGGACAGAAGUUGCUCCACUUAAGGAAGCGGUGAGCUCUCCUGCAGUGACAAGCUGUGUAGGAAAAUUGUUUGUGAUUGGUGGAGGACCUGAUGAUAAUACUUGUUCUGAUAAGGUCCAAUCUUAUGACCCAGAAACCAAUUCUUGGCUACUUCGUGCAGCUAUCCCCAUUGCCAAGAGGUGCAUCACAGCUGUCUCUUUAAACAACCUGAUCUACGUAGCUGGUGGGCUGACCAAGGCAGUGUAUUGUUACGAUCCCGUGGAAGACUACUGGAUGCACGUUCAAAACACAUUCAGCCGGCAGGAAAACUGUGGUAUGUCUGUUUGUAAUGGUAAAAUCUAUAUCCUGGGAGGAAGACGGGAAAAUGGAGAAGCCACAGACACUAUUCUCUGUUACGAUCCUGCGACAAGUAUCAUCACAGGAGUGGCUGCAAUGCCCAGACCAGUAUCCUACCAUGGCUGUGUAACUAUUCACAGAUACAAUGAGAAAUGCUUUAAGCUCUAACUAGACCCAGGAUACCUCACACAAGAAGCUAACGCCAAUCCAAGAGGAAAGUUUUUAAAACUACCAUGUGAGAACACAACUCCUUUGCAAAAAGAAAUAAAUAAUCCUGAUGCCUUUCUGACCCAGAAUACCAAUAUUGCAAGCUGUCAUAAAUCCUUUACUGUAAUGGGGGUGGGAGGUUGGUUGUAGUGAGGCCAGUGUUCACUCUGAUCCCAGGACCCAGAAGGCAGAUUUCUAUACAUUUGAACUCAGCCUGGUCUACAUAACAAGUUCUGGGCCAGCAAGGGCUGCACAAUAAGACCUGGUCUUUUAAAAAAAUAAUAAUAAUAAUUUGGCCUAUGAUUAUACUUUGGCAUUUUUGAAAAACUGUGGGGUAGGCAUUACCACCCAGUGUAUACAUCUUAGGGAUUUGUGAACCGUCUUUCAGGAAUGCGUCCUUUUUUUUGUCAAUUAUGUAGAGAAUAUUACAUGACUGAAGCUUAUUUAGGUUGAAUUGCCUGAUGUUAAGAAUGUUUAGAAUUCAUUGUGAGAGGAAGAAAUGAGUUUGUUUGUUUUAACAAUUUAUUUUACUUUAUGUGCAUUGGUAGAAGGGAUCAGAUCCCUUGGAACUGGAGUUACAGACAGUUGUGAACUGCCAUGUGGGUGCUGGAAAUUGAACCCCAGCCCUUUGGAAGAACAGACAGUGCUCUUAACCACUGAGCCAUCUCGCCAGCCCGAAGAAAUGAGUUUUAAAUAUCUGUCACUGACUUUAUCCAUACUAGUUAAUUUUAUUGAAGGCUUUCUAGUGUUUUGUUUGUUUCUUUCCUAAUUGUAAAAGUGUAGUAACAAUUCAGCUGCCAUAAAAUACCAAAUUUUAUGACUUUAUAGACUGUUCUCUGAUAUUAAAUACUUUUUGUGAGCUUAUGUAGGAGAUGUAAAAGUAAGGAAAUUUAAAUUAUACAUUAGUCCCUAGGGAAAAGUUAAAAUAACUAUUAAAGAAAAAAAAUGUGAUCCACUUUGGUUCUCAGGGUAUUUAAUGAAUCAUCUGUGAGUCCACUAAAAAAGUUCUUCCCUUUAAACUAACAUAGGAGUUGAAAUCCCUUUUACAGAGCCCGGCAGGUGUCUGUAUCCAGGAUCCGGAAGGCGCAUCAAAAGAAACCAAGUAGGCUGAAGAGGUGGCUCAGGGUUUAAAACACUGCACUUGCAGAGAACCCAGGCUUGGUUCCCACCCUUAUCAAAUUCUGCAUUUCUAGUUCCAGGGAAUCGAACACCUUCUGUCCUCCCUGGACAUCUACAAAUAUGUGAUGCACAUAAAUUCAUACAGGCACACAUGUAUGUAAGAGAUAUAUAUAUAAAGGCAAAACUGCAUUUUGCAAUACUGCUAUAAGAAAAACAAGAACAGGUUUGCUCCUAUGCAGCCUGGCAGGGUUUGACUUCCUAGCAUGAUGCUUUGUGAGCAUCUCUCCGCUGCCUUGUAAGCAGUUAUCAGGCUAGGAGUGUUGAUGGAUUCCUUCAUAUUCCACAGCAGAGAUCACUCUUCUCAGUGGGGCCUCUCGCUUGUAACUGACCAGCAGCAGUUCUGGUCUCCAGAGAGAAAUCUCUUAUUUGGGAGAGCUCUUUUAUUUGUAUAAAAUACUGAUAAACAUUUUCAGAUUUCUAUUAAAUUUUUCCCUCUAAGUUCUUCACCUCCAUUUUGUAAAUCUUAGCAGUUUUCAAAGGGAAAUGUGAAAUUUUAGAAAUAUAAGUGAAUACAGCAGGAAUUAGCACAACUAAUUAUUGUAACUUCUAUGUGGAACAGUGCCCUAGGCUGCAGCAGGUGGCUUGCUGUGUAACUUCCCAGUCUCACUAUAAUAUACUCCUUGUCAGUUACAAUGCUGUCAUUAGAUUUCUGUUCAAAUUAAGGCAGUUAAUCAGAAACCUAGCAUCGGCAAACAACUUCUUCCUCAUCUUAGGAUAAUACAAAUGUUUUUAAGAGUCAUGCUUAAUUGGAAUCUAAAUUCUGAGAAGUAUGCUAAAAAAUACACUUAGGAAAUUGUUUUCAAGUCAUAAAUUUUAAGUGAUAUAACAUUAUAGAAACAAUUCACAAAAUAAUCAUAUGUCGGUUGAGAAACAGAUGUAUGUACAACUGAGGGUAUUUGUACUGUAAUUUUAUAGUAAAUAUCUGCAUUAUACUUUUGUUAGAGAAUGGAAAUUGUUUAGUUCAAAAAUUCUUAACAGUAAAGUGUGUGAACAAAGGUGUUUUAUAAAUGCUUAGGAAUCUACAAAUGAUAAUUGUUAUUCUCAUGUAUAUUUGUAAGAUCAUGUCCAUUCAUAAAUACGUAUAAAAGACUUGGUCAAAGUAAAUUUGUAUUUUAGUAUUUUUGUCUGUUGUAAAAGUAUUAUCUACUUGUAUCUUGUAAUGUUUAUCUUUCAUAUAUUCUCAUGUUUAUUGCAGUAAAUUGGGAAAAAAACUGAAAAUCAGAAUUUGUUUAAACAAAUUAAUUUUUUUUAUAUUGCAAAUUAUAUUAAAACUCACCAGAAAGUACCUGAAUCCUAGAAAAUUAACUUUUAAAAGCUACCCAGUUGAUAUUUUAACUUCCUUUAAUUACUUACCUUUGCUAAUCCUUGAUAAAUAAUGGUAUAAGCCCUGGUUUAAGAAAAAUAAUUUUGCCAGGCAGUGGUGGCACAUGCCUUUAAUCCCAGCACUUGGGAGGCAGAGGCAGGCAGAUUUCUGAGUUCAAGGCCAGCCUGGUCUACAGAGUGAGUUCCAGGACAGCCAGGGCUAUACAGAAAAACCCUGUCCCAAAACAAAAAGAAAAAAGAAAAAUAAUUUUAGGGUAUAAUAAGUGUAUUAAAAGGGAUAUUAUCAACCAUCUUGGAGUCAGACUAUCUUCAUUGUUAUCCCAUAAUUGGCAGACUUUCUUUUGAUAGUUAAUGUUUAUAGCCUUUAAGUUAGUAUGUGUAUGUGUUUAUAUGUAGAUAGUAUGGUUGUGUACAUAUCUCACAAACACCAAAUGGUUUUUUUCAGUUUAAUUAUCAGAAAUAUAUAUAAAUUAAAAAAUUAGUUCAUAUAUAAUUCUGUUGCGUAAGAGUAAAUUUGAACAUUUCUAGAGUACUCUUUACUGUUGAGACAGGAUCUCUGUAGCCUGUGCUAGCCUCAAACUCUUAGCAAUUCUUUGCCUUCUGAGAGCUGCAGUUAGAAGUGGAAGCCAGGACCAGUUUUCUGAAGGUGCAGAUCUGGUUGUAAGGACCUGUGCAGCUGUGUGACAGCAGUGUUAGAAGGUCAGAAAGCAGACCUGGACAGAAGUUUGCAGACAUUGCUUGUGGCUGUUCAGUUGGAAAGGACGUGUGUUUUGUGGAUCGACAGAAAAUGACAGUUGGUUUUUGUGUGAAUUUUCCUGAACUUGACUCCUCCUCCCAGUCUUCUCCAUGUACUCCACACAGCAGCCAGGCUCUCUCCCUUUCUACUGUACUGCCCCCACACUGACUUGACUAACAGAUAGGAAUUGGAUUUUCAGUAGCCUUUUUUCAUCGAUGGAUGAUUGGGAUCCAGGUGUUUACUCCAUUUGAAUCAGGUUUUAAGAGACGCAAAUGCUCAGGGAGGGCAUUAGCUUUUCUGUGUUGCCCAUCAGGGUGUGCAAAGUGCUUUCACUUAGAUGCCAUUUAGUUGAUGACUCUAGACUGAUCCCCUUAGCAGUGGUUGAACAUCCAUUCUACUUGGAAGGAUGGCAGUGGUUUGUGAGCUGGCAUGUUCUCCUGGUGAAUAUGAAUUGUUUCUGCACCUGCUGUCAGACUCCCAUUUUGAAACUCAGGAAAGACAAAGGUGGGUUUCCUGCCUUUGUCACUGUCCAAACCAGGGGUGUGCUGCUUUUUCCUGAUCUGACAGUAGAUUUUUAAAAAUCACUCUGAGAGCCAAUACAUGAAGAGAGAAAGGGAGUUGAAUUAUCUGUGUGCCUCUAGCGUCUUGAGGUUUAUAUAGGAAAGGAUACAUCCUAAAGACUUCAUGUGGUAUCAAGUAAUAAGAUAAUGUCCAGAAGCUUCCUGUGGACCGCCUCAUAGUCAACCCAAGACAUUACUAGUUAAAAUGACUUGGUCUUGCUAGAGUUAGCGGUCCAUAGCUGAGUGUGGUGGCAAUGUCUGUAAUCCCAGCCCUUGGGAGAUGGGGCAAGAAGAUGAGAAAGUUCCAGGGCAGCCAUGGCAACAGAGCCAGUUUGAGGUCAGAGUUGGCCACAUGAAUUCCCAGGGGAGAAACAGAGUUGAUCGGCAUUAUGUAGAAAGCUGGAAUGAUACCAUUUCACCCAUUAUUAUGCUAGGUAAAUAAUUCACCAAACCACAUAACCAAUAUGAAAAUCCACCAUACCACGUAACCAGAAUGAAGCAGCUUGGCUGACCUGUGAUGCAGUAGGUUUGACUAGCUAAUUAUGCUUACUGCCACAUCUAGUGCUAGGCAUCAAACAACACUUCCAGGAGUAUGAACUAAUAAUACCAGAGAUGUUUCAAAAUACUUUAGACAUUUUAGAGUGUUUUAUUUGUAAGCGAGUUGGAGAGAUGGCUCAGUGGUUACAAGCAAGCACUAGCAUUUGCUGCUCUAGCAGAGGAUCUGGCUUGGUUCCAAGCACCUUCAUUGUGGCUAACAAUUGUAACUCCAGUUACUGGGGUUCUACUACCCUCUGGCCUCCACAGGCACAUAUGGUACACAUACAUUAUAUGCAAACUGUCAUAGUACAGGCAAAACAUACACCAUAAAAAUAAGUACCACUAAAAUGUUGUAUAUGGCCCUUUUACAUUUGUGUAAUUGCCUUAAAUAUUAAACUUACAUAGUGCUAAAGGUGAUCAUAACAUAGAAAGUGAAGUCAUAACUUUAUAUACUGUUCCAAAGAAGUUUUGUUUUAACAUUUGUGCCUUAAGCUACCCAGUGCCAUUUCAGUCUGAUAAACCUCAGUAUUGGUUUUUGAGGGUCUAGUUUUGUUUUACCUUUUGGGUCGGGGUCAUAUAUACCCCAGGCUAGCCUAGUUUGAGUUAGGGUCAUAUGUAGCUCAGGCUUGCCUAGAACUCUGUUUUGCUGAAAAUGAUCUUGAACUACAAUCAUUGUCAUAUCUCCCAAGUGCUUGGAUGAUAGCAUGUGCCACCAUGCUUGGCUGCGUGGGUUUCUGUCUGUGGUCUGGGUGAGUUGGUUGGUUGUUCAGUUGUUUGAUUUAAUGUAGCACUGGCUAACCUGGAACUCAGUAUAUGGCCAGGUUGACCUUGAGCUAGGGGCAAUCCUUCUGCCUCUGCCUGUGAGUGCUAGGAUUGUAGGCUUGAGCCACAACUCUCAGCUGUUCUUGAAAUGCUUUUGUAAGUACUAGCUGCCUGCUUGGCAGAAAAAGAAUGUUAAAUAAGGUUGUUGCUUGGAGUUUUACAUUUUUAAACUUUUGGUACCUAGGUGCUUUAUAAAAUACUCAGAUAAGUACCCAUUAAGCUCUCCUAAAGGUCAUUUGAAAUAGUCAAAAAAGUAUGUGUAGUUAUUUCUGUUUGUCAUUAUAUUAGUAGUUAGUUCUGCUUUGGGCCUUUUCUUGAGAAAGCAUCUCCUCUUCAUUGCUGCCACUCCUGCAAGUGUGAGUCUCCAGAGCUAUCUACGGCUUUCAGAACCAAACAAGUGUGUGUGCUUUACUGUAACCGCCACACACCUAUCGCCUAGAGGUUGAAUCUUCACAGUGAAAAAAGAAUGUUCUCCAUGUCCCUGUUCUCAGUUCAGCUGUAGUACAGCAAUGCUUAUGUUUUUGUUUAAUUGCACUUCCUCCAUAGUUUAAUUUUUUAAAUGUUGUAUCUAAUGUCUUUUAAACAUUACUUGACUAUAUGGUUACAUUAAAUUUUGUU